AUGGCUGAAUCUCUCUCUAACGAACUGUUUGAAGAGCUGGGCUCGUCGUGCCGCGGUCAGGUGUACCGGCGAGGUGAUCCAGGAUUCGGCGACUACUCGACCAUCUUCAAUGGCAACGUAGUCACUCACUCUACGGCCGUCGUAUGCCCUUUAGAUGCAGAGGAUGUUAGCAAGAUUCUCUUAUUUUGCUCGAAGCACUCACUCUCUCCGUCAGUCAAGGCAGGUGGCUACGGGACCGCAGGCUGGGCUAUUGGGGGCGACAUCAUCAUCGACGUGAGCAAGCUCGUCGAAGUUGACAUCGAGAUCCCCAAAGCCGACGGCUCGUUCACGAGUCUGCGUGACGUCGCCGCUGCGAAUAGCAAAGGGAAAAAUGUCCAGCAAUCAUCUACCGAAGGCUCUGGAAAGCGACGCCGUGAAGAGGAUGCGAACCUUCGCAUGUACGACAACGCGUCCCUUUCUGUUGCAUCUUUUUUACGCGGGCCUCCCGGCAUGGGGUCAGCAAUCGACGGGCCCUCCCCUAGCGUACGUCGACGCCUGGAAGCUCCUGGCUCUUCCUCGUCGUCUUUGCUAUCUGCAGAGACACCUUCGAGGCAGAUAUCAGGAUCCUCGGGCUCUUCUAACUCUGAACUGAGCGAUGGAAUCUCUAAUUCGUCCCGAGAGCAGUCUGCUUCGACGUUCGCCACCACACCGUCUCCGCCACCUGCUACUCAAAGUUCCGGAAUCGAUACCACUCUAGUUGGGCAGGGGAUUGGUCUGGCGUCGUCUCCUUUUUCGUCCACCGCAAAUCCCUUCGGCUACCUUGAUACCCCAAUCAACCGGGUUCCCGCCCCACCGCCGACGAUGUUGCAAACUCCAUAUACCCAAGCGCCUCCACCGCUAACAUCUUGGACUCCUGGACCGAAUACGAGUUUCUCAAAUAUACCGGGAUCGUUCGAGCAAGUGCAAAUUCCGGCGCAAGUGGAACCAAUCUACAAACACGCCUACGUGACCUUUGGUGCAGGCAUGCGCCAGAAAGAAAUCGACAUCUUUACGGCGCAGAACAAACUCGAAGCAAAUUAUAUCACGGGUACCGGAGACGGCGUCCCUUACCACGUACCUUUCGCGGCACACCCCGUGGGGUCUUCCAUUAUGCUUCUCGGCGGCUUCGGGUUUCUGAGCCGCUUGCAUGGACUCAGCAUUGACAACCUCGUUGAGGUAGAAAUGGUCCUCGCCGACGGAAGGAUAAUUGUGGUUAGCGAGAACGAGUAUCCAGAUCUCUGGUGGGCUGUCAGAGGUGCUGGCCCUUGCUUCGGAGUGGCCACGCGGUACAAGGCGAAAGCCUACCCAGUUCCUGUCGUAUUUGCGGGAAAUCUCAUCUACCGCUUUAACAAGGCUACGGCGCCUUCCUUAAUCAAGCAUUUCCGCGACUGUGUCAAAGGCGCUCCGAGGGAGCUCUACGCCAACGUCCUUCUCACCGCGGGUCCGGCGGGCAAAGACUCCUUAAUGGUCGUCCAGAUGUGCUACGUUGGUUCACGCGAGAAGGGUCAAGAGUACCUUGCGGCGAUUUCGUCCUGGGACGGCGAGAGGUGCCUCCUCAACGAGGUCGAUGAGAAGAGCUUCUUACACCAACAGGAUAGCGUUGCCCAAGUGCUGCGCGGAAAAGCCGGGCGCCAGUGGUUCAUCCGCUCUGCCUUGAUUUCCUCCCUUCCAGAUGACAUCGUCAACGAGACAGUGAUGCAGUUUGCAGAUACUCCUGUUGGGUGCACGUGGCUAUUUGAGCUUGCCGGCGGGGCAAUCGGCGACUUUGAAGACACGAGCGUGCCGAAAUCUCAGCGCGAAGCUUCAUUCACAAUCGCCGCUCUCCAUCAAUGGGAGAUGGACGUUCAUGACGAUCAAUGCGUCGACUCCGCGGAAGAGUGGAUUUCGGGCACUUUAAAGCCAGUUCAUAUCGGAGGUCCGUUCCCCAGUUUCCUCGGCCGCCACGAGCCACCCGAACGCACCAAGGCUUGCUUCGGCGAGAAUUGGCAACGCCUGAGCGAAAUCAAGAAGUUCUACGACCCUAACAAUCUGUUCCGCAACACCUUCUGGCCCCUAGAUGCGGCUGGGGAAGAAGUGGAAGCUCACACCCAUGAACCACCCACACCGCCAUUCCUCCCCACCUCAAUUCGCGGUCAGAAACGCAAGAUCUUUAUAUGA